AUGGCAGGACGAGCUGUGGUGGGCCCCCGGUGGCUGAGGCUGCGUGGGCGGUGGAUUCGGAGCUUGGUGUUGAUUAUGGCACUGUUGAGUCUCUUGAUUUACCUUCUUCAGGGCUGGCUAGGCAACAGUGGAGCCCACCAGACGGGUGCCACUCAACCUGAGCCACGGUCCAAGCCACGACUCCUCCUUCUGGGCGCCGACACCAGUUUGGGCACCUUUUUAGCCGCACAACUGGAACCCUCGAGCCUAGUCGAUUGCAUAGCCCUGGACCAAAAUGGUCAGGCCAACGCACGUUCUGUGCUUUCGGGCAACCGUAGCACCUGUCAAGAUGUGCCUAUUGUAGAAGACUGCACUAGCUUGGCCGUGUGGUCCCCUUUGCGCCAGCUGGCUGCAGCUGCCAGCUUGAUUGUGUUCACGCUUCGCCCAUCCACCGCCUCUGCACAGACUGGAGCGAGUGCUCCCAUUCACGACGUACACCGAAAUAUUGGCUGCCUUCAGCGUCUGCUCUUGACUCUCCCAGUGCCUUCGCCGCGUGUGUUGGUUUUGGCCCCUCCGCUGGUGCCUUUGGAAGUGGUUCAGGGCGUGCACACCCUCUGCCACUUGUACGAACACUGCACGCUUGCUCUUUUGGAUGAAGUACCCGAUCUAUAUCCGGCAGAUGACGGACUUUUUCCUCUUAUACGACGUGCCUUGCGGCAUGAGCUAUGGCGCCCCGCCGAUUGGCCCUACUUUGAGGCUCCCUGGCGGCACCUGCUAGAUGGCUCUCGCCUCAGGGCAUGGCUGACAGAUGUGGCAGCCCACGACGCUGCACCACUGCCCAGCAUCGUGGCUGAGGAAGUUUGGCAUCUGCUGUGGGACAUUAGGCAGCUUCGAAUUUCCGCCACCAAACACCCCUGGCCUCUGGUGGAGCUGGUGCGCGCAGUCGAGGUCGCUGGCUGCGCCGCAGAACCUGCCGCCCGCCGCGCACUACUGGCCAUGGCUGCCAAUGCAGACAAAGAUGCAAGCAGCUCACAACAAGCAUUGGCAGGGAAAGCGCUGGCAAGCAGCCCUGACUUUGAGAUUGAUACGCAACUGGAUCUGAGCCUAGCUGCCUCUUCCCUCGAGCCAAUGUUGCACAGGGUCUGCCAAAGAGGCAAGAGCGAUGCAGUCUUGACCACCUACUUGACCAGUGUUGCCGACCCGCAGCAUCGUAUUCGCCGGCAUCCGGACCAGUACGGGUACAUGCGGGGCUGGCAUCUGUCGCUUGUGCAGCUCAACUUGAACGGCAUCAUCUUCCACGAUGAACUGGGGUCUAACUUUGUAUCCAGUUUGCAGCCCUCGGGUAUGAAUUUUGUGCGCAUGAGCGUCGGCUCGCGCUCCACCAAUGAUGCCCGGUUCUAUGCGUACCUGGAUCACCUUCGGGCUCAUCCGAGCCUUAGCCGCGUGCUCAUGACUGACGCCUCAGAUGUGAUUCUGCAGGCUGACCCCUUUGAUCUCAUGAGCAGUGUCAACGACGAUGUGCUCUUUGUGGGUCAUGACAACGACCUCUUUGACUCGAUGCGCAGUAUGCCUUGGCUACGGGCCUCUUUGCAGGAGUGCGACAUGCAUGCCCGGCUGCCAGACCUGGAGGAUGUCCUGGACCGACCUCUCAUGUUUAAUGCCGGUGUCUUUGGUGGGCAUCGCACCGUGGUGCUGGAGUUUCUGGCUCGAAUGGUCAGCGUCCUGGACGAGCUGCCGCCCGAUGUCAAUUGUAACAUGGCGGCUUUUAACUAUGUGAUCCAUAAGCAUUUCAUGGAGCGCUUGUACACAGGAUACCCUUUUACCAGUCAUUUCUGGCUACAUGAGCAGGCACCCCGUGGUGUCUAUGUUUUACACAAGUAGCAGCGCGAAAUCUGUAAGCAACGCCAUAAUUGACUUUUUUUUUUUUUG